AAAAUCUCAGCUGUCAGUCUGGCUUCUCUUAGCCUGAGGAAAAGUGAAAAGUUUCGCAGCCUUCUUGAAAUUGUCCUCGCAUUCGGCAACUAUAUGAAUAGCUCCCGACGAGGCAUGUCUUACGGCUUCCGAAUCCAAAGUCUCGAACAGCUAUCAGAAACGAAGAGUCUUGACAAGCGCUGGACUCUGCUGCACUUCUUCUCGGACGAAGUGGAGCUCAAGUUUCCUCAUCUUCUAGACUUUUACGAAGAAUUCGAAGGAAUCACCGCCGCUUCUAAAGAUCUGCUCUUCAUUGAUCAUCAGAUCUUAUAUUGGUUUAAAAAAGUUACAAGACUGUCUUAUAUACCUCCGAAAUUGUCCGUGGUUAUGCCUACUCUCGAGUCUUCUACAGUAUAG